UGCUUAACUCCUCCUUAUACGUUCAAAAUAAUCACCACCUUUCUGGGGCUUCUUUUUCAGGAUCCCCUGGAUCCAACGAGAACAGCCAUUGUGAUCAGCUCUUUGGUGGCAGGUGGAGUAGCUGAACGUGGUGGUGAGCUCCUACCUGGUGACCGCUUGGUGUUUGUAAAUGAGAAAUAUUUAGACAGCACAACUUUAACGGAGGCAGUAGAGGUGUUGAAAUCUGUGCCCCCAGGAAGAGUUUCUCUUGGAAUCUGCAAACCGUUGGUGGGAGAAAGCAAAGAGGAGGAGAACGUGCAUAGUAUGGAUACCAGCAACAUGAAAACCAGCCCCGGAUCUCUGGAAUCAAGAGAUAAUACUGAUUUCUCAAUAAUCCUUGAAGCACCACAGGGUUUCAGAGAUGAAACACCUUUUAAAGAAGAAGCUGUUGAUGAACCAAUUUUGGACUUGGGAAGGUCAUUUCAACUUUCUCAAAAUGACAGUGGAUAUGAGAAGGAGUCCUGGGAGAUGCAUGAAUUCUGGAAACCCACAACAGAAGAAGUGGAUGAAGAACGGGAAAUGUUGGUGGAUGAGUAUGAAGAAGAUUUAGACUUCCUGAAAUAUAGCUCAUCAGAUAGACAGAAGGCAUCUUCAGAGAAGAACCUGAAUACAGAAUGGGCAGAGCAACUUCAGACAGCUAAAAUACAAGACUUAAGAUCUAGUGUCAACUUAAGUCCAAAGCAGUCCCUGGAAUAUACAUUCAAUAGGGAGCAGAUGUAUGAAGAAAAUGCUAAUAUAACUUCACAGUCUUCUGGAACCAUGGCACACAGUGACUACCAAAAAAGCCUAUUGGACAGUGGAGCUACUCAGCUAGGAUCAAGAAACAAAAUAGAUUUAGGUUUGUAAGAAGUUU